AUGACCCCGGAAGAAUCACAUAACUUGAUAGUCGGACCCGGUAUUAUAGUUGAGAAUGAAUUUAAUGGAGAUGAGGAAUUCUAUCCUUUAGAAUGUUUGGGGAUAGAUAUAAUUAAUUACCCGGAUUUGAUAGGAAAUGAAACAGAAAACUUAGGGUUAUCAUCCCUAGAAGUGGAUGUUGAUUUAAUUUCCGGAGAUCUUAAAAAUCUAAAAAUUAAUAUAAAUAAUAAUAACACUAUACAAUUACAGGCUACUUUAAAUGCAGAUAUUCACAGUGAUGGAGGUAAUACAAACGUUGGUAUUACUGAAAUUAAAACAAAAGUUACUAUUUGGAAAAAAGCAACUACAAUUUUAUUGUUGUUUUUAUUGAUUACUGGAACUUGUGCUGGACCCGAGAAAAACAAGAAAAAUAAAGAUUUGGAUGAUAUUCUAAAUGAUUUAUUGGAAGAAGAUUGCGAUAUAGUAGAUAUGAGCAAUAAUAAUUUACAAAAUGCUGAGGUUCAAUUAUUUAAUAAAAAUAUAGAUAAUAAUAACAAUAAUACACAGAGUCCGGCUAGUGUGGCAACCAGACCACAACCACAAACUUCGGCUGAAAAUAAACAAAUUGUUCAUGUUUUUGAACAAAUUCUGGAGAGUUGGAUCGCCACCAGACCAAUGUCUUCUUCUUCAGCAGCAGCAGCAACAAACUCUCUCCAACAAACGCCUUCAACAUCACAGACAACAACAACACCUACUCCAACAUCUCCGCCAAUUGCCGCCAUUGUCCCUCAACAACAACUUCCAUUCGAACAAGAAAAUCCAUUUACCCAACAACAAUCGGCCGCAGGCCCCAUCAGAAAUUCCUACAACAACCGAAAAAAUUGUUUUGUUUGUGGAAAAAUUGGGCACUUAACAAAAUCUUGCCCUACCUUAUUGCAAUUAAAAUGUCGUCCAAGCACUUCUCAUUCAAUAACGACAUAUUUAACUGCAAAGUCUACUAAAAAAGUUUAUCAUGAAUUAAUGGAUAUGAAAAAUCGUUGGGAGAAUAUGCCAGCAAUAGCAACCAUUAUUCAAAUUCUGGCUGAGCUCUUCCUACAUUUAUCAAAAUCAGUGAGGGACUGA